AUGGCGGCAGCCAGAAUACAAAGAUGGGUGCUACUACUUGGUGCAUACAAGUAUAAACUGCAGUACAAGCCGGGAAAAUUUAUGCUCAACGCGGAUGCAUUGAGCUGGUUACCCCAAUCUCUUGAACAGGAGCUGCAGGACGACGAGGAUGCGGCCGAGUACGUCCUCGUCGUGGACCAGUGGGACGAGCCGGCGGUGCACAUGAAAGAGCUUCAAGCCCUCACGCAGUCAGACGGCGUACUGUCAAUAGUGUCUGAUAAUGGCACGCCAUUCACCGGAUGGGAGUUCAAGGAGUUCUUGCAACAGAACGGGGUAGUUCACGUGCGGGCACCCCCUUACCAUCCACAGAGUAAUGGACUCGCCGAACGUGCGGUGCGAACUAUCAAAGACGGACUAAAGAAGUGUGGGGACGCAGACUUGUCAAGGGCGCUGGCUAGAACAUUGUGCCGCUAUAGAAACACGCCGCUUCCGUCCGGGCGCUCACCAUCGGAAAUGUUGUUGGGUUACCAGCUCCGCACCCGAUUAGACAUGUGUUUUCCUCCCAGGAGCCGAGCAACAGGGGAUGUCCACUCUGCUGACAGCGCCGAGUGGAACUUCGCACCGGGAGAUCCUGUGUACCUUCGCAAUUACGGCCUUGGUGACAAGUGGACACCUGGGAAGGUCCGGUCAACCUCUGGUGCACGCAUCGUGUCUGUCGACACGGAGAACGGGCUUGUUCACCGGCACAUGGACCAGCUCAGGCGGAGAAGAAUCGAAGAACCGUCGAGUCCAGAGGCUCUCAUUAGUCCCCAGAUAAGCCUGGAACCUCCAGUACAAGACUGCGAAGCUCCUACGGCUACUGGCCCCGGUCUUCCGGGCCACCCGCCCCCAGAGCUAAGACGUUCCACACGUAUCAAGAAGGCAGUGGAGCGUUAUGGAUUCUAA